AUGGCUCCCCCCAUGCGCAGCGGAGCGGCGCUGCUCGCCCCCAGGAGGCUCGCGCCGAAGGCGCCCACCCCAUGGGCGCGGCGGUGCUACGUGUCUCCGUCUGGUGGCGGCGGUGGCGUGCCCGUCAUCGGCGGUGUCGCCGCUGCCUUUGGCGCGGAGGCGCCCGGCCGAUCAGGCGCCGCGGCCGCGCCCCGCUGGCACGUGGGCCUCGUGGUAGUGCCGCAGCAGAUUGCUUGGGUAGUCGAGCGCCUCGGGAAGUUCCACAAG